CGUUACCACGCUCGUAACAAUCAUCAUGUAUCGAAUCACAGUUUGGAAUUACUUAACUUCAACAAUAUUAUGCUUCUAUUGCAUGUGUAUUGUAAUCUCAAGCUCGAGUGUACUGCGUACGGCAGAAAACGAAGAUGUGUCUAUUGCACUUGCAGACGCGACUUCGACGACUGAAUCUGACAUAGAUAGCGGACCGAAACUCAACGGUCCUGCGGUGUGCCGUCUGCCCAACGAUCCUGGUUCCUGUCACAACUUCUCCGUAUAUUGGUACUAUGAUUUGCAGUACGGCGGCUGCUCAAGGUUCUGGUAUGGAGGAUGCGAAGGGAACGCCAACAGGUUCGCCACACAGGAAGAGUGUAACUCUGUUUGUGUUGAAGCUUCGUUUAAAGAUGAUAACUGCCACCACGCACGCUUCGGUUGCUGCCCUGACGAAGUGACUGUCGCUAGAGGGCCAAACUACGAGGGCUGCGGCUGCCAGUACACCGCGUUUGGAUGCUGUCCUGACGGGAUCACAGAAAGCUUUGGACCGAACUACGAGGGCUGCAGUUGCAGUACUUUCCAAUUCGGUUGCUGCCCCGACGGAGUCACUGUCGCUAAAGGUCUUAAUUACGAAGGAUGUGGCUGCUGGGAUUCUCAGUAUGGAUGCUGCGCAGAUGGCAAGACACCAGCCGCAGGACCUGAAAUGAAAGGCUGCGACUGCUCCACUAGCGAGUUUGGUUGCUGCCCAGAUGGAAACACCGAGGCUAAAGGACAAAAUUUUUUUGGAUGUUCCGACAUUGCCGAAGCGGUCUGCAGUCUCUCCAGUGACAUCGGCCCCUGCCAAAAUUACACCUUGUAUUGGUAUUACGACGCGGAGUUCAGUGCCUGCUCACAGUUCUGGUACGGAGGAUGCGAAGGAAAUGGUAACAGGUUCACCACCGAGGAAGAAUGUAAAGCUGUUUGUGUGCCAUCUGCACCUAAAGAUAAUAAUUGUCGACACACGAGCUUCGGUUGCUGCCCUGACGAUGUGACUGUCGCCACAGGAUUAAACAACCAGGGCUGCGGAUGCCAAUAUACGGCGCAUGGAUGCUGUCCUGACAGACAAACUGAAGCAGCUGGCCCAAAUUUCGAGGGCUGUGGGUGUAACACUUACCAGUUCGGUUGCUGUUCUGACGGACUUACCGUCGCUGAAGGUCCUAACCACGAAGGUUGUGGCUGCAAGGAUUCUCAGUUUGGUUGCUGCCCAGACGGACACACCGAGGCUAAAGGAGAUGCAUUCUUCGGAUGUCCCGACAUUACGGAAAAUUAUAUACAAACGGCUUGCAACCUGCCAAGUGACACUGGUUCCUGCCGCAACUUCUCAGUGUACUGGUACUAUAACGAGGAGAACAGCGCCUGCAAACAGUUCUGGUACGGAGGAUGCGGAGGAAACGGUAACAGGUUCAGCACCGAGGACGAAUGUGUGAACGCUUGUGCUCCACCUGCUCCUAAAGAUAAUUGUCAACUUACAAGCUUCGGUUGCUGCCCUGACGAAGUGACUGUCGCUAGAGGGCCAAACUACGAGGGCUGCGGCUGCCAGUACACCGCGUUUGGAUGCUGUCCUGACGGUCAAACGGAAGCAACUGGACCCAACUUGGAUGGCUGCAGUUGUAACACUUACCAAUUUGGUUGCUGUCCGGACGGACUCACCGCCGCUAAAGGUCCUGGUUACGAAGGUUGCGGCUGCAGGGGCUCUCAGUAUGGAUGCUGCGGAGAUAGCAAGACACCAGCCGCUGGACCCAACAGGGAAGGCUGUCACUGCGCGACUAGCGAGUUUGGUUGCUGCCCAGACGGACUCACCGAAGCUAAAGGACUGGAGCUCUUAGGAUGUUCCGUCAUUCCGGAAAAUAGGCAAGCGGCCUGUAGUCUGCCCAGUGCCCGCGGUUCCUGCCACAACUUCUCCAUGUAUUGGUACUAUGACUUGGAGUACAGCGCCUGCACGCAAUUCUGGUACGGAGGAUGCGAAGGAAAUAGCAACAGGUUCGCAACAAAGGAAGAAUGCGAUGAUGUUUGUGUUGAUCCUCCUCCUAAAGAUGUUUGUAAGCUGCCAAAGGUGAAAGGGUCGUGUAAUAUGGACACUGAGCGUUGGUACUAUGACUCCGAGAGUGCGCGCUGCAGUCCAUUCAUCUACGGAGGCUGUCUCGGCAACGCGAACAACUUCGCCUCACAACAAUUAUGCCAGGAACAAUGUCAGCCUUAAAGGAGUGAAGUUUUUGACACCGUCUGAAAGCUGGACUGCUAUGUUGGACGCUGGGUUGGACCUCGAACUACUACGGCCUAACCAGCUAACUAAUAACCUAAAUAUGAUCUUUCUAAUAAGCCAAUAUCAUAAAUGUAUUAUGCAGAAAUAAAAAUAAACCAAUGCGA